CUCACACCACCAAAACUCCCACACCAAAGCAGCAUUUCGAAUUCCCCAAUUUCUUCCAAAAAUGGCGUCGCUCACCCCAAAUCCCAUCCAAUUCAACUUCAGAAACGCCAAAUCCCCAUCCAGGAGGUCCGUUCCUCCGUACCUCGUCGUACUCUCCAACCUCGCUUCCUCGCCGGAGGAUUCCUCCAAGCCCGCGCGCCGCAUUUCCGCCGAUUCCGGCCCCAAAGCUCGAUUCAUCGCGCGAAGAACUGAAUCCGUAUCCGUGCGCCAGCUCCAGCGACCGCUCACUGAGUACAUGAGCUUGCCGGCGAGUCAGUACUCGGUGUUGGAUGCGGAGAGGAUAGAGCGAGUGGACGACAAUACGUUCAGGUGUUAUGUGUAUAGAUUCAAGUUUUUCGCGUUUGAAGUUUGUCCUGUUUUGCUGGUGAGAGUGGAGGAGCAGCCUGAUGGUUGCUCCAUUAAUCUCUUGUCUUGUAAGCUUGAGGGUUCGCCCAUUGUGGUUGCUCAGAAUGACAAAUUUGAUGCUUCAAUGGAGAAUAAGAUAUCCUGUGAUAGCCCAAGAAGUGAUUCACCGGUUCAGAAGUUGACUUCCAAUGCAGUCAUUGAGGUUAGCAUUGAAAUUCCUUUUGCAUUUCGUGCAAUUCCAACACAAUCCAUUGAGUCAACUGGCUCCCAAGUUCUGGGACAGAUACUGAAGGCUAUGCUUCCCCGAUUUAUGUCACAGUUAGUGAAGGACUAUCAAGCUUGGGCUUCCGGAGAUACUUCCAGACAGCCUCUUGGGACGGGUGAGAUUUGAAACUAAGCUUUCUACUUCAACUCAAGCUAUUUGUAGUAGCUCUAUUAUGGUUCAAGUACAUCUUUCAGUUCAACUAGGAAAAUUAGUGAUUAAUGCUGCAUAAAUGUGUAACUAAUGGUUCCUUAAUGUGUGUUGCUUGCAAAUUCACAUGAAUCACAUGUUCUUUAUUCCA